AUAGCUCUGCAUCUUUCCUGAAAAUCACUGCCUACCUAAGAGAAACAAGUCCUCCUUGUUUGGUUGUGCCACCGUGUCGUCAAGAUCUUGCUCAACUCGCCUCAGCCCACCGUACCUACUUCUCACUCGUGUUCUCACGAGGGCAAACCAUAGUAACAUGAGAAUUCUUAACACGCCUCUCAUCCCCGAGCAAAUGCAGUCCGCCGACCGGUCUCCCUCGCCCGAGUUUUCGCCCUUGGCCAUCGGCGAGGAUCUCACACCGCUCCCCGCCUACAAGGCCGCUCAAACGUCGUCCUACAACAUUUGUGGUCUUCUUUCGACUCCCCUCAAAUUACAUGAAGACCUCGCUUCAGGAUGUGGCGGUCAGACCUGGCCGGCAGGCAUGGUGCUUACCAAACAUAUGCUGCGGUACCAUCGGGUAGCUCUGAAAGGAGCGAGAAUACUGGAGUUAGGCGCUGGCGGCGGACUCGUUGGUCUCGCUGUCGCUUUGGGUUGUGAACUACAGCAGACACCGCUGUACCUUACAGACCAGGACGAAAUGUUCGAGCUGAUGGGCAGAAACACCGAGUUGAACAACCUCCAAAACAAGGUUAAACCAUUUGUCCUGAACUGGGGCGGGCCGUUGGCACAAGACGUCGUCGAUUUCAAGCCAAACGUCAUCUUGGCAGCUGAUUGCGUCUACUUUGAGCCGGCCUUCCCGCUGUUGCUGGAGACUCUGACAAACUUGUUGUCCCUGGAACCCGAUGCAACGGUCUAUUUCUGCUUCAAGAAGAGACGACGUGCAGAUAUGCAAUUCCUCAAGAAGGCCCAAAAGAAGUUCCAAGUGACGGAGAUUAUUGACGACGAUCGGCCAAUAUUUAGCAGGGAGGGCCUGUUCCUCUACACCUUCACGAGUAAGAAGCUGACAACGAGCGGCAAUCGACAGUAAUGAUUGUCGAUCGAUGAUGUGUUGUUCGCGGGCAGUUGUCUAGGGAUGCGGACAACACAGAGCUUGAGUCGCGGAGGCGAAGCUUCAGCUAGGGUCUACGGACCUUGGCUAGACGACGACAAGUCUGACGAGCGCUCAAGCCGAGACUAGUGGGCCAAAGUUGGUGCUCGGGAUCAUCAGUCCGUUGUACCAAGUGGCUCUUAACCUGGCUGCCGAAGAAAAAUAGUCUCGGCUGUCGAGUUGGCUUCGCAGAGACAGGCGACUGAUCUAUGCCGUACACCUCUCGAGAGGAUGACACUUGACGGCUAUGUUCCCUUCCCAACAUUACAUGGAAAAACAGUGACGAUAGCGAACAUACUUGUUGGAGUUAUGAGCGAAAAUGAGUUCCGGAAACCCAUACAAAAAAAAUUUAAUGAGUAUUUGGCCCAACAAUCCAUACUGUCACCAAUAGUUCAUGCGCGGACGGGACCGAGGCAGCGUCGAUCGACAGAGUCAGUGGAGACAAUAGAUGGCCUAGAACAAUGUCAGC